UGCUUCCAACGCGCAGGCGCAGAGAGUGCGUCAAGAUGGCGGCCCCCGUGGAUCUGGAGUUGAAGAAGGCCUUCACAGAGCUCCAGGCCAAAGUUAUUGACACGCAACAGAAGGUGAAGCUUGCAGACAUACAGAUUGAACAGCUAAACAGAACAAAAAAGCAUGCACACCUUACAGAUACAGAGAUUAUGACUUUGGUAGAUGAAACUAACAUGUAUGAAGGCGUAGGAAGAAUGUUUAUUCUUCAAUCCAAGGAGGUAAUUCACAACCAGCUGUUAGAGAAACAGAAAAUAGCAGAAGAAAAAAUUAAAGAAUUAGAGCAGAAAAAGUCCUACCUGGAGCGCAGUGUUAAAGAAGCUGAGGACAACAUCCGGGAGAUGCUGAUGGCACGAAGGGCACAAUAGGAGAUCUGAGAGAAGCUCUUCCCUCCUGAUUCCUCUCAUCCUGGCAAGAACUGAGGGACUUGUGCCAGGGUAACAUCCUCCCUCAGGCUAGAUGGACCUUUUAAUCUGAAUGGCUUCAAACCCCCCCUGUCCCUAUAUUGGGAUCUCUUUUGGGUCCCCCCUCUGUAUAUGUUCCCUGCCUCUGCCUAGGAAAUCCUUGGAGCCUGGGUUGAGCCAGGAACUCCCAGGAGAAGGAAGACAGGGUCCAGGGCAGAUAAGGAAACUUUGAGCCUGCUGCUAGGUAAACUGUCAGACCAAUAAAAGGCUAUGUCCCA